ACGUCACCGGGUCUUUCCUCGUGUGGCUCUCCGUGAGGGUCAUGCGGUCAGUGUGAUCGCUGUUAUUAUUAUUAUUAUUUCUCGGCUCUGAUAUCGUGUCGUGUUGUUCUGAUCUCUCUCGUCAUGAUGGGCGGCAGCAGCAGCAGGAUCGCGGCUGGUUUGGGCGCGGCGCUGUUCGUCGGUUACUGCAUUUAUUUCGACAAAAAGAGACGGAGUGACCCGAACUACAAGAACAAACUACGAGAACGAAGAAAAAAGCAGAAGGUGGCUCAGGAGAAAGCUGGAUUAUCAAAGUUACCAGACCUGAAAGACGCCGAAGCCGUUCAGAAGUUCUUCCUGGAGGAGAUUCAGCUCGGAGAAGAGCUGCUGGCGCAGGGUGACUAUGAGAAAGGCGUGGAUCAUCUGACGAAUGCGAUCGCUGUGUGUGGUCAGCCGCAGCAGCUCCUGCAGGUCCUGCAGCAAACGCUUCCUCCUCCAGUCUUCCAGAUGCUCCUCACCAAACUGCCCACCAUCAGCCAGCGUAUCGUCAGCGCUCAGAGUGUCAGCGACGACGACAUCGAGUAGCUCUGUGACAUCACUUCCUGUCUGCUUCGAAUCAAUCAAUCGCUCUGUCCCGCCCCCUUUCCAUCCAGUUCUCAAACACUGAACGCACAGAUACGGAUUUAAAGAAGUGUCAUAGUUUUGUUUUGAAUCUGAGCUUCUGAGUUUGUCCUGUUGAAGUUGACGUGUGUUUUCAGUGUGUUAGAAUGACAGAAAACAAGCAUGACCUGCAUCAAUUUUUUUUUACUAACAAAGCAUUUUGGGUUCACUAAAUUAUGAAAUAUGCAAGCGGUAAAUCAUUGACUAAUGACUCACCAGAGUA